AACCUCUUGGAUAAUGUGAUGACUGAACUGACGUUGGCCUCACUCGAUCGACGGCUCAGCGGCGGUGUGCUGCUUGAUGAUCGAAUUGAGGACAACAUCGGCAAGCGCAUAAAGCAUCUGCGUGAGAUUGGUAUCCCCAGAAUUGUCGUACUAGCCAAAACCACAGAGGAUACGAUUAAUAAGGUCCCCAAGGUGGAGUAUUUUCCGCCUGCACAAAAUCCUACAGAAGAUAGCAGCUAUGAAUGGACAUUGAGCGAAGUAAUGCAAUCCAUAGGAUAG